GGUGCGGACGGUCAGUCAGCGACUGAGCCCAGCGCCCAUCGCUCUCGUGUUCUGAGUCCUAUUGCGGAGCAUGAUGGCACCGUCAGCCCUUCGACGGGGGUGCCUGCCGCCAACGACGGUACUGCGACCACGCCUGGGGAUUUAACGCAGCAGCCAGGUUCCCUGCGAAAGUUGCGUGAUCUGUACUCUGUCAUCCGAAACCUCCUCCUACACCUGGACGAUGUUCGAGCCGUUCAGCGUUCCUUCGUUGAGACCAUCAAUCGUAGCUGUGCUGUGAACGCGUCGCUCAAUGAAACUGGUUUUGGAGCUGCCCUAGUUCAGCACUACUCCUUCACCUGUGACCCCGCUCAAACAACACACACGCAUGACAAGACGGAAAAGGAGGAGGAGGAGGAG